CAACUUAUCGAACUUAACGCUGCGUGGAGCCUCUGUCACUUCAUACGCUUGCCUCGUACAUUAGACAACGCAUCACACUAUCUUUGAAGUGCAAUCAAUAUUUUGCACACUUUUUUUGUGGAUAUCCUGCUAAGUUACAGAAAACAAGAGGUGAUCUGUGCUUAAUUAUCUGGAUUUAUUAAUGUCUUGAUACCUGUAAAGUGUAUCAAUAAAUGUGAACAAAAGCACGUGGGGGUGACACUAGCGCAAGAUGACACACUUACUGUUCUGGCGGCGUGAGAGAAGACAAUCUUGUGAAACCUGCAGAGAGGCCCCCGCGGGUCCUCCGUGUUAUGAUUGUACCUUCGGCCUGCAGACGCCGCCCCCUCAUUACACAUCCGUCCAAAAAUCAGAUCAACCACUCCAGCAGAGUUCCAGCCUGCCUUUUGAAGGACGCAUUGAGUUUGAUGUGGCUUCCCUAGCGCAAGGUGUCACUAGGAUAGGUAUGGCCGUAGCUAUGGCUGUCAGCGAAUCGCACACAAGCGCUCUGCAGGUGUCUGGAAGUGACUCCCUGCCCAGAACACGACAUUGGAGCGACCAGAUAUUGAGGAACAGUGAUCACUCUGCUGUUACUCGCAAUGCAUCAACUCCAGAUCUUCACUCCCUAGGCAUCCAGAUGGAUGAGCCACUCUCAGCUGAAGAGGAAACUCACGUUCUACUGUCUGCCCUAACCACAACCUCGCUGUAUCCCGAGCCCAGCUUGAACUCGCCAGGGGCAUCUCCGCUGCCGUGCCAGCUGCUCAUCCCGGAGUAAAGGCACCGACCGCUACAAGCCUUCCUGCUUCCCCCAGGAUGUCUACCCUCUCUGCUCCUCUCACACAUCACACAAGCUACAAUUAAUUUAGGAACAUUUCAUCAAUCAGCAAUCAGUUUAUUUUGCUUGCACACAUCAGCCAAUUCAUAUACAUUUAAUUAAUCAUCCAUUUCUUUGUGUGUGUGUGUGUGUGUGUGUGUGUGUGUGUGUGUGUGUG